AAAGAAUUUUAAAGGAUAUAUGAUAAAUUCCAGUGGAAAUGUUUGUAGAAAAUUAUAAUAUUUUGGGACACUGUAUUAAUGCUGAAUUUAUAAAUAGAAGAUAACAAUGGAAGCAAUAGAUAUAUAUAAAGGGGCUUUGAACAUGUGGAGAUGAGAGGCAGCUAAGAGAGCAUGGUGUUAUCAUUUCUCUCCUCAGACCUUUGCUGAAAGUCUUGGGAUUGAAGGCAGGGAUCUUAAUCAUGGCUUUGAGGAAGUAUUAAUCAUCUGCCUGUAAUUGCAGUGAGUGCAAUAAAGCUUUAUUUAUAUAUAUAAAUAAAAGUGGGGGAGUGAGUUUCUUUUAAGCAAAAUCUUGUUUUGAGGGAUAGCUGCAAAAAAAGUUUGGAUGAAAAGAAGAAUAAAUAAUUAAAGUCAAGAGAGAGGGUGGGGGAUUGUUGAAGCUCCUCUCUCUCUCUUUCUUUAUUUCUUUUAAAGAUGGAAACUUGAAAUAGUAAAGAGGAAAAAAAAAAAAAAACUGAGAAAAGUUGCUUAGAUAAAAGCAAAGGAGGUGGUGUGUAUAUGUGGGUGUCACCUGAAACUGUUUUCUUUGAUUAGCGUGAGAGAUUCCUGGAAACUAGCUGUGUAGUAACUAAAAUUUUAAUUACUCAACCUUGGGAUUUUCAAGCCCCUUUUCUUCUUUUGGCUCUCUUUUAAAUUAUCAUCAUGGAGCCUGAAAAUGCCCAUCACCAACACCACCUUCAAGACCAGCUUCUUGGGUCUUCUUCUUCUUUACCUAUCUCACCUUGUUAUGGAGUUUCAAGCACCCAUUCUUGGACCCCAACUACUGCUUUGAACUCCAGUGAGUUCAAUCCGAGUUGUAAUGGGGAUAUCUUACAUUCCAGGCUGAAAAAUGACAUGUUAGUAUCACCUCAAAACAGUUCCAUGAUCCAAGGCUGGACUAACAACGAAGGGAGCUUCACUACCCAUUCUUGCCAUGGCCUACACCUUCCUAAAAUAAAGGACGAGCUUUCAGAAUCUAUCACUAAAUUUACUGAUAUCCUAAGCGACAGUACCUCCAGCGUCAUAGAUUCUCACCACCUGCCUCCUCCAAACUACUUGAAAAAUAAUGAGCAAAGGGAUUUGAGUGAUCUCAGCCAGAAACUAUUGCUCAAGACAAUAUCUUCUGGUUUCCCAAUGUUUUCUACAGGACCGGAAUUUUACUCGACUACCCAGAAUUGUUCCAUCCCUAGGAAUAGCUUUUUACCUAGUAGAGGGAGUUUCAGCCAGAUUUACCCUAGUAUAAAUAUUUCAAGUUUGAACCAAGCUUCUUCUUCCCCCAAUAUCCCAAGCUCCUUCGACAUGAAUAAUAUGGAGGCCUUGGAUCUCUUAAACCCAGCAAGGUUUAGCAGAAGCAGUAGAUUUAGCUACCCUUCGGAAGAUCAUGAUAAUCUUGAUAUAUACAAAGAGAUCAGCCCUUCUUUUGGUCUUCAUUACCACCAUAAUUUGCAACAGUCAAGUCAGAGGCCAGUAGCUUAUACCCCUAGUAAAACAUCACCCUUCCCCACUGAAAUAACAGAGGCAAAGAGACCCAGCAUUUUACCAGAAACAAAGCCAGCAGCACCAACAACAACUACAGCCAAGAAAUCUCGUUUGGAGUCACGCGCUUCAUGCCCUCCCUUUAAGGUUAGGAAAGAGAAACUGGGAGACAGAAUUGCAGCUCUUCAACAACUGGUAGCUCCUUUUGGCAAGACAGAUACAGCGUCCGUACUAAUGGAGGCUAUUGGAUACAUCAAAUUCCUUCAAAAUCAAGUCGAGACACUGAGCGUUCCGUAUAUGAAGUUAUCUCGCAAUAAAACAUCCAAAUCCAAACAAGGGGGUUCAACGAUGGAGGACGAAAAUGAAGAAGAUGAAGCAAGGCCGGAUCUCAGAAGCCGAGGUCUAUGUCUAGUUCCAUUGUCGUGCAUGUCUUACAUGACUAGUGAGAGCGGUGGGGGCGGCAUUUGGCCGCCGCCCCCCAACUUCACCGGAUGAAGUUAGAAAACAACUGCCGCUAGCUGGUUUGGAAGCGAGAAGAGUUAUUAAAUCUUGGGAUAUAUAUAUAUAUAUAUAUAUACACAUAUAUAUUAUGAUAAAAAAAAUACUGAUUAGUUUCUAAUCCCGUAUGUUAGGAGAAAUAAUAAGUGCUGCUAGCAUUGGUUUCAAUGGAACAAAUUUGGUCAUCUUGUUUAAAUUACUCUCUUACAAGACGGACCAAGCUUGAUCCAUUAACAACAUUAAUUCUUGUACUUUUUUUUUUAAAUUUAAUUUAUAGUUUGUACCCUUUAGAGGAGCUUCCUCCA